CGACGAGACCGACGACUAUUCCUCCCCACGCCCGUCGCCAUUCUCCUCGUCUCUUUCCCCCUCUUCCGGAUUCAGUUCAACUCCCUGGGUGGGUCUAAUAUUCAAAAUGGCUAAGGAAAGGACCGAGAAGAAGGACAAGCGCGAGAAGAAGGAGAAGCGCGCGGAGAAGGACGGCGUCUCCAAGACCAGCAAGAAGGAGAAGAAGGAGAAGAAGGACAAGGUCGCCCUCGCCGACGCGGUCGAGAAGGAGCUCACUACUAAGGUUCUCGAUGGAAUUGACCAGGCUGCCACUGAGGCUCCUGUCAAUGGCGCUGAGGCCGAGCACAUGGACGUCGACAGCCGCCCCGUUGGCGCCAUUGUUCCUUUUGCCAGCCCUCUGGUGGAAGACAAGUCUGCCAAGAAGGUCCUGAAGAGCGUCAAGAAGGCUGCCGUCAACAAGUGCCUGAAGCGCGGUGUCAAGGAGGUUGUCAAGGCUCUCCGCAAGUCGCCCAUCCCCGCUGCCAAUGCCAGCAUCGGUGUUCCCAACGGUGUCGUCAUUCUCGCCGCCGAUAUCUCGCCGAUGGACGUUAUCUCGCACAUCCCUGUCCUGUGUGAGGACCACGGUAUCCCCUACGUCUUCGUCACAUCCCGAGCUGAGCUCGGCAACUCCGCCGCCACGAAACGCCCCACCAGUGUUGUGAUGGUCGUGCCCAAGUCGGCUUCCAAGGGCAAGAAGAAGGACGGUGAGGAUGAUGGAGAGGACUUCACCGAGGUGUUUGAGGAAUUGGCCAAGCUCGCCCAGAAGGAGGCCAAGAAGGUGAACCUGUGAAGUUUCAGCUGGACUUCUGAAUCCACCUUUCCUUUGCUCUGUUGUUUUCCUUUUUAAUUUAUACGGCUUCUUUAUAUGUCUUGUCACUUUGCUGCUAUGGCUGUACAGUUCCACUUUGUUGUCUGACAAGGCAGUGCAUGUCUUCGGGGUCUGGCCUUUGGGACGUGUUCAUUGGGUUGAUCUUUUAUGAUGUGUCCGUUGCAAAUCCGGCGUUUUCACAUGGUGUAUGAAAAAAGGCAGGAAGUAUCCAAUAAAAAAUCCCAAUCUUGACCAGA